AGGUUAUUAAAUGCAAAAUGAGUCAGUCAUUCUUUUACUGUGCGUCUUUGCGUCAUUGGAUGUUUCGAGCACCGCAGCACGGCGAUUGGCGAUAGGGCGGAAUACGAGUGUACGCAAAAAGCUGGCGGAGCUAGCUAGAAAGGCAAAUGCAGAGAGAUCUUGCAGCAACAAGAGCAACAACGUCGCCCUUUCAUCAAGCAUGAAAACAUUUGUGGAGAGUUUCUUUGUCCUGAUUCUUGGUGCAGCAUCAACCUUAGAAGGAAAGUUUCAACCAAAAACUCCACUCUGCGCAAAUCCGCUAAUGAACAACAAUUAUCGUCAGGUCUUUCUCACUUUUCACAACCGUAAGCGUCUCGAUGUUGCACUGGGUCGCGAGCCGAAUUCCGUUGGAAUGCUCAGUUUAGCGAGAGGAAUGUAUCUUCUAAGUUGGAACUGUGAUUUGGAGUACAAGGCGCAAGCUGCAGUCGCUUGCCCGGGCUUUCCUCCAAAUUUUGCAAACACUGCAGCGAACAUGAAGAGAUCACCAUAUCCUGAUGCCUCCACUAGUGUGACUGACAUUUUUUACAAAAUUCUUGAGGAAUGGUGGGGCAUAGGAAGGACUGUUGGCAUCGACUCCAACAACGCAUAUCACCGUUCUAUCGCUAGCUUUGGCAAGAUGGUCUUCUCUCGCGCAACCAAAUUAGGUUGCGCUUAUCAAAUAUGCUCCAGUGGUGACGAAAGAUACAUAAACGUUGCUUGUCUCUAUAAUGCAGUCCCUCGUGAAAAUGAACCGUUGUGGAUAACAGGGCCGCCUUGUACAAAUGACCUAGAGUGUACUCAUCCCAAUUCCCUCUGUGCUGGUGGAAUGUGCGUCGAAGGAGCCACUAAAGUGGUGUACAAUGUGUACAAUCUCUAAUCAUUGACCAGGCCUGCUAGAACGAUGUCAGUAAAGGUUUCUGCAGAGGCAUGGAAGCCAAGAUUGUAAAACUAAUAUAUUUCUGACACCUGGCAAGGCCGAAUAAAGAAGUGGU